AUGGCAACCGUGCAGCAAAUACUCGAGUGUGUGGUGAGUAGAGCAAGCGGACAAGUGCCACCCAACGUCUCGAAUGAAACCUCACUAGACACUGCUGAAAACGCAGUGCUAUGGCGACUGAGUGAGCCUUUAUUCCGAAACUUAUUAGGCAUCGAGAUGAGAACAAGUAAAUACGCAACUUUGCUGCAGUGGCUCGAUUCCCGACGCCCACCGUUUGGCUACACAAUCGUCGAAAACGACGCUUCUUCUGGACCAAGUGACGAGACGAAUCUUUGGUGGGGUGACCACGAUCCUCGAAUGCCUCGUCAUACUCCCAGCAGUUUGGCAGAAGAGGAAUUGAUGAAAAAUGGAUGUACUAUUGCAACGCCAAUGACAGCCAAGUAUCUGCGAUGUGUCUACGAAACGAAAGAGAUUGAGUUCAAACUCACGAGUGGAGUCAGCGUCCCCAAGUUCCGGUUAGCCGCGCUUCAGCAGCUGUUCGGUCCUGCACCUGCGGUUUGA